GACCGUUUCCCUAUCAAUCAUCCAUCCUCCGUACUUCUGAAACUCUUUAAAUAGCUAUUUGCUUACAGUACACAGUGGAGGCUCCACGUCAUGGCACACUACCGAGAGGUCAAGCAUCAACUAAAUAGAAGCCUUUUGCUUGUUCCAUGACCCUGUUUCCCACCACGGGAAGUGUCCUCGUUUCUCGCGCCAACCCUGGCCGUUCACUAUGCAUUCUGUAGGAGCAUUGACGGCUUUGACUCUAGUUACCUCUUGUCUUGCUUCCCCUGGCUAUCUCAAGCUCGAUUUUCAGAAAAGGCAUCGAUAUGAAGCAUGGCUGGCUCGUAGAGCAGAGGUGGAUGAUACUGUGGACGGUGUUUUGACCCAAGCUGCCACCAAACUUGAAUAUCUGGUCAACAUCACCGUGGGAACACCUCCACAGAGUCUUGGGGUUACCUUGGACACUGGGUCGUCGGACCUUUGGAUUCCAGCAACCUCGAGUGCUUUGUGCAAGAAAGGUCAGUGUGAUGCUGGCAGCUUUACAUCAACUCAAUCAAGCACGUACAAAGUUGUCGAACGGGGCGGCUUUAACAUUACCUAUGCCGCACCCGGCGACACCGAUGCAGGCGAUUGGGUGAUGGAUACCGUAACAGUCGGAGGAUCACCCUCUAUCAAAAGCCAACAAUUUGGGCUGGCGACAUCCCUCUUCGAUCCUCAUGGGGUGAUGGGCAUUGGCUAUGCCAGCAAUGAAGCACAAAACCCAGAGAAUGUGUACCCAACAGUCCUGGACAACAUGAAGUCGGAUGGCAUCAUCGAUCGGAAAGCCUACAGCCUUUAUCUGAACGACCUUCAAGCCAAUACCGGCGCUGUCAUAUUCGGCGGAGUAGACCCUUCAAAAUACACAGGCGACCUAAUAGCUUUACCCUUCCAGGAAGGCCCAACUGGAGAUUUCACGGAGUUCUAUGUGACACUGACUGGAGUCUCUUUCACCGACCAUGCUGGCUCUACAACACAAUUGACGCCACAAGGGUACGCCCAGGCGGUCUUGCUUGACUCGGGAACUAGCGAGACACUCCUCACUGACGAGGUGUUUUCGGCUAUAGCUAACGGAUUUGGAGCUGUCGAUAUUGGGGACGACGACUACGUCGUUCCGUGUAGCUAUGCGACGGCAAAUGGCAGUAUCAAUUAUUCUUUCGGCGGCGAGGGUGGCAUCAAUAUCAGCGUCCCUAUCUCGCAGCUUGUCGGGGAGCUAGAUAUUCCACCAAAGAAUUUCGGCGACCAAUCCGGCGGGUGUGACUUUGGCUUUGGUCCUCCAAUCGAUGGGGUCUCAAUACUUGGGGAUACCUUCCUCAGGAGUGUCUACGCUGUCUUUGAUCUUGAUAACAACCUUGCUGCUUUGGCUCAGGCGGCCGAGAACAGGACCGACACCUCCAGCAUUGCAGCCAUAUCGUCAGGAACUAGCAUACCGGGAGCCUCAAUGACGGCGACUGCGACAGGUACCCAACUUUCAGGGGCAGCGACCACUGAAUUGCCAGCCGUGCCUACGGCAAGUAUACAGGGAACUGCGCUGGUUUUGCCAGGCACGCCGACGUUCAACGUCGGCGUGACUGUGACUAAAGGGAGCUCGACCGCGACAUCGUCGUCUUCUGGAUCAGCAAACGCCGCCACGCCAGGUGCGGUGUUACUCGGUUUAGGGUUGGCUGCUGGUAUUCUGGGCGUUUCAUGAGGGGUUUCGAUGUGAGUAGGAAACGUAGGACACAGUAAGGGAAUGGUCAAGGAUCACCGAAAGACAAAAGAAGAUCGUGCUGUCAAGUCCGGGGACCCACGAGGCUCACCGCAUUUUGCAAGGAAUGCCGAUGGACGAUAAGACGUUGGGCUAAUCAUAUGCCAUGCGCGAGCGCGUCGGCCGUUAAUUACGCGAUCCUCUCGUCCAUGCAAACACAUACACACACUGUAGUACGAGUACAUAGACAUCUGUUUUCC